AUGUCGAACCCCAGGAGGAGGCGAGAGCCGCAGCUGCCGGUGCAACAGCUGGCCAUUUUGGCCAUCGCGCGAUUCGCCGAGCCCCUCGCCAUGACUUCCGUCUUCCCCUAUCUUCCAGAGAUGAUCCGCAGCUUCGGUGUCGAGCAGAACAAAGUCGCCAAAUGGGCUGGCAUCACGUCUGCCGCAUUUUCGCUUUCACAGAGCGCCUGUGCGGUGCCUUGGGGGAAAGCAUCCGACACGUUUGGCCGGAAACCGACCAUCAUCGCCGGCUUAACCUCCACCAUGACACUCUUCCUCGUAUGGGGAUUCUCGACUAGUCUAACUAUGGCUAUCAUCGUGCGCGUUUUGCUUGGAGGUGGCAACGGCAAUGUUGGCAUCAUCCGCACCAUGGUGGCCGAAAUGGUAACCGAGAAGGAGCUCCAGCCCCGAGCAUUCUCUGUCAUGCCUCUCGUAUGGACGAUUGGAAGCGUCUUCGGUCCUGCCUUCGGUGGCAUAUUUGUCCAGCCGGUCGAGCGCUUCCCAGCGCUCUUCGGCAACAGCACAUUCUUUAAGACCUUCCCAUUCGCCUUGCCAAACAUGAUCAUGUCCAUCUUCUUCCUCAUAUCGCUUGGAUCAGCCAUCUUCUUCCUACACGAGACGCUUGAGAGCAAGCGAGGUAGCAAUGACUGGGGUUUGCAGAUGGGACGGCGUCUUACUCGCACCUUUAGACGCAGUCGCCACGACAUUCGAGCGAGGAGGACAUCCUUCGUUGACGGCGAGGCCACGGCUCCCUUGUUGCCAGCCAUGAUUAAGGCCCCAAAGAAGUCCAUGAUCACGACCAAGCCAUCAAUGGGCGAAGUGUUCACCAGGCAAACGGUCAUUGGUCUCGUUGCCUACACAUUCUUGGCUCUCCACGCCGUCGCUUUCGAUCAGGUUGUUCCCGUCUUCUUGAACUAUCCGAUCAUCGAACACACACCCGAAAACACGAGUCUACCCUUUCAAUUCAGCGGUGGUUUCGGUCUCGGCUCUGAGCGUAUCGGCCCCAUCUUCGCCUUCUACGGCGUUGCGUGCGGCGCGAUUCAGUUUCUCUUCUUCCCAGUCCUCUGCAGCCGAUUUGGCACUCUCCGAUGCUACCGCGCGUGUGCCUACGUCUCGCCCUUUGUGUAUAUCCUCAUGCCAUAUACCGUCCUCCUUCCUACCACGACAACACGCUAUAUUGCGCUCCUGUCUCUUAUGCUGGUCAAGGGCUUCGCUGCCAUUGUCGGCUUUCCCUGUAUGACUAUUUUGCUCACCAAUUCGGCGUCCAGCCUGCGCAUUCUGGGCACUCUCAACGGCUUUGCGACCAUGUUCUCCGGCCUGGGCCGUGCCGUCGGACCGGCCAGCGCCGGCGUCGCGUUUAGCUGGGGUGUAGAGAGGGGUUAUGUGAUUACUGCUUGGUGGCUUCUUUCAUUCUGUGCUGUGGUCGGCGCCAUCCCUGCCAUGAUGCUCACCGAAGGCGACGGCCCUGCGCCCAGCACCGAGACCACAGACGACGAGGCCGAUGAGGAGACCUUGCUAGAAGAUGACGAUUCCGACGUGGUAAUAACGGCCAAAGACAGGAAUGAAGGAGAGGAAGGCGAGUAUUCCUCUGAGGAUGAGCCUUUACUGGGACGUGCAGGUAGCAGUGGUCGCACGACACCGAGAGCUGGAUACGAUUCGAUCACGACGAGCAAGCAAUGA